CUUCAGUCACACUCACUCUCGCUGCAGCUGCAGACGAUCAGCUCCGCGAUGCUCGUGUUCAUGUGGAUUACAGGGCUGCUGUGGAGCGCCGCGGGCGCUGACGCGAGGAAACCCGGCGACGAGUUCUUCAGCGCGAGCGUUUACCGCGCGAGGUGCGCGUCGCGAUGCCUCAGCCUGCACAUCACGCGCAUUUCUGCCGCUUUCAAACAUUUCCAGAGCAAUGGAUCAUUGGUUUGGUGUCAGAAUCACAAGCAGUGCUCAAAGGUUGCUGUAGAGCGUGCGCUGCUGAGCGACGUGCGGCCGAGCAGGUGGUAUCAGUUCCGCGUGGCGGCGGUGAACGUUCACGGCACGCGCGGCUUCACGGCUCCCAGCAAACACUUCCGCUCUUCCAGAGACCCGUCUCCUCCUCCAGCCCCGUCUGGACUGAGCGUGUCUAACAUCACGGUGGGACCCGACGGUCUGCUGACGGUCCGGAUCAGCUGGACUCUCCCCGCAGAGCCUGAUCUCCCCGUCCAUCACUACAAGAUCUACUGGAGCUGGACGAUCCCGGGGAAAUCACUCGUCCCGUCCCGGAGGAAGAGGAGGAAGACCAGCGACGGGGCCAGAAGCUCGGUGGAUCUGGAAGGUCUUCAGGCCAACAGCAGCUACAGUGUGGAGGUCCAGGCCGUCUCAUACUGGGGUCAGAUCCGACUGAAGAGCAGCAAAGCCUCCGUCCAGUUCAACACACAACUCCACAACCAGACAAAAGCCGGAUCUAAGCUGAGGAGACUGGAGGCUCCUGAUCUGGGUUUGGUGUCGAUGAAGCGAGCUGCGGGAGCUCUGGAGGUCGGCACACCAUAUUACCAGGACGCACAGCUACAGGUCCGCAUCUACUGGAAGAAGAGAGGAGACGCUGCUGUGAACCGCUAUCACGUUCAGUGGAUGCCUGAAUACUGCAGCUACAACCGAAGCGGAGCGCCGCAGAAAUCACUGACUCAGGAGAACUUCAUCAAUCUCCCCGGUCUGCUGUUCUCCUGUAAGUACAGAGUCACCGUUCACAUGCUCAGCGCUAAACGACGCUCCAAAGACGAGAGCAUCAGCUUCCUGACGCCGUCCUGCGCGACUCUCCAGAGCAAGAGCGUCAAACCCAUCGCCUGUCCCGGAGACACACCGCUGGCGAAGGUUUUGGCGAAGCCUGAGAAUCUGACGGCGUCCUUCAGCUUCCGCGACGGUAACGUGACGGCUCGUUUCCUCUGGAGGGUGUCGCGUUCGCAGCCGCUUCAGCCAGUCACGGGUUUCCAGGUCACGUGGGCGGAGGUUUCUAGUGCGAGCCGUCCGAACAGCCUUCCCAACAGCAUCAUUUCCCAGUCUCAGAUCCUGCCACCUGAUCGUAACCUUCUGGUCGUGUCCAACCUCCAGCUGGCCACUUUCUACAGGUUAGAGGUUCAGGUGAUCACCGCGGCGGGAGAAGGACCUGCGACAAAGAAGAUCUUCCAGACGCCGCUUCAGCAAAAAACUCGUCUUCAUCAUCAUCAGCAGCCGCAUCAGAAGUCUUCAGCUGAGAAACACUGAAACGGUCAGAAGACGCAACACAGCGUGCAGCUAAUCGCAGCUUUCGACAGACGCGAAACCACAGAUAUUCAGCAUCUGCUCUGAACGCCUCACCCUCGUUCUCUCUCUCAAGCUCUGCGGUUUUCAUUGCAAUGACUUUGAUUUUGAAAUAACCCUGAACUCUCGAGCAACAGCAAUGUUUUAUGUGUGAAUUUACACCAUUUCAGAAAGUUAAAGUCAACGGGUGAGGUAAAUCUUGGCAAUUUCGUCAUACUACAGUUGAGGUCAAAAGUUUACACCCCUCUUUCAGAAUCGGCAAA